AUGGAAUGUCCGGACCCUACUAGACAACAGCAAAGCGGACGGACUGCCCUUGUGACGAGAGAACUUGCCUGCUACAAGGUGGAUAUCGCGGCCCUCAGUGAGACCCGCCUCUCCGACAAGGGCCAACUGACUGAGACUGGCGGUGGCUACACCUUCUUCUGGUGUGGCCGCAGCAGCGAAGAGCGCAGAGAGGCAGGCGUGGGCUUCGCCAUCAAGACCGAGCAUGUGAAGAAGCUGGCGAGCAUCCCGGAGGGCAUCAACGACCGGCUGAUGAAGAUGCAGCUUCCACUUUGGAGGGGAAGAACCGCCACGCUCAUCAGCGCCUACGCACCGACCAUGACCAACCCUGAGGAGAUCAAGGACAGGUUCUAUGAAGAACUCGACACUCUCAUCUCCGCCGUUCCACAGACAGAGAAGCUGAUUGUGCUUGGCGAUUUCAACGCCCGUGUUGGCACUGACUCCACUACUUGGGACCGGGUCCUCGGCCGACAUGGAGUCGGCAAGUGCAACUGUUAUGGCCUUCUCCUGCUCGGUACGUGCGCUUCACACGACCUGUCCAUCACUAACACCAUGUUCUGCCUGCCGACCCGCAACAAGACAUCCUGGAUGUACCCGCGCUCACGGCACUGGCAUCUCAUCGACUUCGUCACCGUCAGGGAGAGGGACAGACGCGACGUGCGAAGACAGCCUCAGGGACAGAAGGUCACCAAGCGACUCGACGUGGCCAAGCUGAAGCACCUCGAGACUGUACAGGAUUUCCAGGAAACCCUGGACACCAAGCUUUCUCAAGCCCAGUCCAGCCAGGAUAGUGUCGAGGAACAGUGGGCGCGACUCAGGGACGUCACGUACUCCACUGCCCUUAAAGUCAUCGGCCCAAAGAGCAGAAACUACCAUGACUGCUUCGAUGAAAACGAUGUCGAAAUCAAACCCCUUCUGGAGGAGAAACAUUGUUUGUUCCGUGCGCACCAGAGUGACCCCACCUGCGCUGCCAAGAAAGCGGCCUUCGCGAACAUCCACAGCAAGGUGCAGACCAGGCUACGCUCCAUGCAAGACUCCUGGCUCAGCGCUAAAGCAGAGGAGAUCCGAGGGCAUGCAGACAGACAUGAGACAAAGAAGUUCUAUGCUGCACUCAAGGCAAUCUACGGUCCACAGCCAUCUGGGUCUUCCCCCCUGCUCAGCGCCGAUGGAUCCACUCUGCUCACGGACAAGAAGCAGCUCCUGGACAGGUGGGCGGAGCACUUCAACGCUGUGCUCAACCGACCGGCCUCCAUCAAUGAUGAGGCCAUCGACCGCCUGCCCCAAGUGCCCAUCAACGACGAGUUGGACCUUCCCCCUUCCGAUGACGAAGUCAGCAAAGCCACCAAGAAGCACGACCUCCUUCCCGAUAGCCAGUGCGGUUUCCGAGCAGGCCGAGGGACCACCGACAUGAUCUUCGCCGCCCGCCAGCUCCAGGAGAAGUGCAUGGAAUAG